AAUGUAUACCAUAUGUUUGUGUUUUUGUGUGUCCUUCUAGCACCAUCUUUAUAAUGUAUACCAUAUGUUUGUGUUUUUGUGUGUAAAACUGCAAAAGAUUUCUGUGAGUGAAUUUUGUUAUGUGUGAACACGUGAGCUAGAAUUGCAAGCCAUAUAAAUUUCUUGUUAACAACGAGUCGACUCAGUAAUAAUACUAACGAGUGUUGUAGCAUAGUAAGCCAGUAAUCAAACUUUAGUAGAACCCGUAAUUGAGUCGAAACCGUAAAGUUAUAUACAUUAAUAUAGACGUGUCUCAUAUAAAAACUUAUUUUAUAUAGGGAAUAUAUUCAAAUAGUAAUAAGAUCAAUGUUAAACAUUAAUAUACCAACCGUGCCUCAUAUGAUACUUAGCCACCUAAAAGAGUAUUCACAUCAAACUGAUACGCCAGGGUAUGUUAGAGUUCUACCCUUCUUAUUAGUCAUCGUGAUCAAUAUGUUAUACUUUGGUUCAAUCUCAUGAUCAUCUUAAACAAUUAAACUUGAAAUCAAAAUAGUUUAGUUUACCUUGAUACUUUGGUUGGUAUCCAGCUCCUGUAUAUUGGUCAUUGCUCCAUGUCAUUGACAAUUCUCUUGCAGAUAACAUAAAUGAUUUUUUACCCGAACACUUAUCCAAUUAAAAUAUCUUAGAAUAAUAAACUAGGCAAUUAAAGUGCGUAGAAAACAUUCACUUUCAACAUCUUCCUAUGCACAACAUGUAACACCAUGGGUGACUAAACCUGAUGAUGGAUGUAUUUAGUAUUAAACUGGCAUUAAAGACGGACAUACACACCAAGCAGUAUAAUCUUAAAGUCCUAACAAACAGGGAAUCCUACUGUUCCGUGACUAGUUUUACACUUGAUUACCUUUCUAUGCACAGCCAUGUAAGACUAGAACCACUUAAUAUAGAAUUGUAAACAAAUAAUUAUAUCAUAACUAAGUUAGAGAAAUCAUCUGUUUGCAUAAACACACUAGUCACACCAGGCACAUCACUUAAAUGUAGCGCAGAUACACACCCAUAAAGACCGGUGCAUCAACAAAAUAAAAAAUGUACAACUAAAUGCAUAAUAAACAAUUAAGACCUCAAUUUUUUGCUUCAUAGUUUCAAUAUAACAGUACCUAAAAGUCAUAACUAUAACCUAUUGAAAAGAAAUAGAGGCAGAGAGUCGACACUCGCCGUUUAAGAGCACGCAACCAAACUCCUUCAGGAACCAAAGCAUAAUGACGGCCAUAAAACCCACCUCCAAAUUCUUAAUCUUCUCACGAUCCUCUUCCUUUUUCAGAUGGAGCAAAAUCUCUGACUCAGAAUCAUAAUUCGAAUACACUAUGUACAGAACACCUUCUACACGAUUAGCUUCAACUCCUGCAUCAAUCCACCACCUUUACUUCAAUAAAAGCAAACAUCAAAUUAAAAUUAAAAUUAAAAUUCAUAAGCUGCACCAUAAGACAUCCAAGAAAAAAAUUAAGCCAAUCAACCUCAAAUCCAAUGUCAAUUUGUCUUGACAAACUUAACGACAUCAAAGCAAAAGCAACACAUGAAAUCAAACCUAAUACAUCUGAUUUUCCAUUCACUUUUUUGUCAUAGAAACAUGAGUAAACAGAAGUUAGCAUCAGAACCAAAAACGCUAUGUGAGCUUUUAAUAUUAGACUCCUUGAUAGUUGGAAUUUCUUUGGGAGUAACACAAAGCUACACGUGAUGAAACUUACAAUUACGUAGAGAAAAAUCUUCAGUAAAUUCCAGUCUCCAAAUAGACGUUUGAAAGAGGAGCUUAGUGCGUAAGAGAGUAGUCCAGUUAUACUUGAUAUGAAUCCUGUAAAUCUCCAUAAUAAAGGGUGAUUUAAGAAGCUGUUAGUUGGGAUAUUUGGAAUCAUAUUUUUUUAUGAAUUAUUGUUGAGUGUGUAAUUUUACACAAGAAACUCAAAUGAAAUGGAACUGUCUAACAAUUAUUCUUGAACAUGUAUUAUUAGGAUGUCUUUUUUUUUUAUCUUUCCAUGUAAUGACGCGGAGAAACAGUGUCAUUGAACACUAGUGACAAAAUUUUCUAAUAUAUAUUGAAACUUUUCUUCUUUUAUAAUUACAUCUAUGAUCUAUCACUUUCAAUAAUUUUCUUCUCUGCGAUUUUCACACGUAAUCGAGAUUGAAAGUUUGGAACCUUUCUUUUAUUCAACGUUAUUUAUGAAACAACUACUUGAAAGUGAUAUAUGAAUCAUUAUUCAUAGUCAUACUAGAUGGGAACAAAAUCUGGUAACUAGAUUUUUCAUAAAGGUAAAUCUGUAUUUCUAAAAAGGGAAAUGAUAGAACAACUUAUUAGCGAAAGGUGUUCAUUAUGGUGAUUCUAGGUAGGGUGGCUGUUAUGGAUCCGCCAGAAGUUCUAAUAACAAGACCGAUCUAAUUCGGGAGGGUUCAGUCCAAUACACUCUCAUAUAUAUCAAAUUGAAAGUAGAUUGUAUCACAUGUAAAUUUGGAUAUAUCUUACAGAGGUUAUGUUGGCCAAGCUUAGUGCGGAUAUGUUGAACGAUCAAGUCAAUUGCUACACGAUUAUCUCCCCCACGAGACAAUAAAUGCGGUAGGAGUAACGAUUGUAAAGUAGACAUUCAAUUCAUAAAGAUUAUAAAUUGUGUAGCAAGCAUGGAUAAUGGUGAAGAUGCUGAUGAUGUCGGGAGGAACAAUGGUAGUUAUGUGGAUAAUGAAGAAGGAAAAGAGGAUUUGGAUGAUUACAAAGAUAUAGGUGAAAUCUCAGAUGAUGAUAUAAGAGAUAUGAAAUUUGAAUCAGAGAAAAAAGCUUGUGAGUUUUAUGAAACAUAUGCAGAAUAUCAUGGGUUUGCGGUAAGAAGAGAUGAGAUUGACCGUGAUUUCAAAAAAAAUAUUAUUAUGCGCCAAUUAGUUUGUAAUAGAGAGGGGAAAAGACAUAAGAAACAUAUGUUAAGGGUGGAUCGACAUAGGGGGCCAAGGCCAAUCACUCGAACAGGUUGUCUUGCUCGGUUACGUGUGGCAUAUGAUGUAGUGACUAGAAGUUGGAGAGUUGUUGCAUUUGAAUCCGCUCAUAAUCAUAAGUUAACUCCACAGCGGUUUGUUCAUUUUAUUCCUAAGUAUCGUCGACUGAGUGAAGCUGAUAAAGCGCUUGUUGAUGGCUUGCAUACAUGUGGUGUUAGAACAUGUCAUAUUUUGGGUUUUAUGUUGGGUCAGAAAGGUGGUCAUGAAGAUUUGGGAUUUAUCAAGAAGGACCUAUAUAAUUAUUUUAGUAAUGGAGCCAAGGCUAAAAGAGAAAAUGGAGAUGCUUUUGCUGCUUUGUCUUAUUUACAAGCUAAAGCCGACAAUGAUCCGAUGUUUUUUUCGAAGUUUACCACAACAGAGGAUGGCCGUCUACAAAAUUUAUUUUGGUCAGAUGGAACUAGCCGAUUUGACUUUGAAUGUUUUGGUGAUGUGGUUGCAUUUGACACGACCUACAAAAAGAACAGGUACAACAAACCCUUUGUUAUUUUUUGUGGGUACAAUCAUCAUGGUGAAACUACAAUAUUUGGGUGUGCUUUAAUUUCAGACGAAAAGACAGAGACAUAUAAGUGGGUUUUAAAUGCCUUUUCUGAAGCAAUGUUCCAUAAAUGUCCAAAUGUAUUUGUUACUGACGGAGAUGGUGCGAUGCGGGAAGCUAUUAGAGUUGAAUUUCCAAAUGCGUCACAUCGCCUCUGUUUAUGGCAUUUACAUCAAAAUGCUAUUGAGAAUGUCAAGAAUUCAAAGUUCCUAGAAGAGUUUAAGUCAUUGAUAUAUGCUAACUAUACCCCCGAGACAUUUGAAGAUGUGUGGAAGAGGAUUAUUGAUGAUAAUGGUCUAUCAGAGAACAAAUGGGUUAAGAAAACUUAUGAAAUAAAGAAAAUGUGGUCGAGUGCGUACAUGCGAGACACACUUUUUUGUGGUAUAAGAACUACAUCAAUGUGUGAAGGUAUCAAUUCAUUUAUCCAGGGGUAUGUGGACAAUAAAAACAGUCUUGUGGAUUUCAUGCAUAAUUUUGAAAGAGCUUUGAAAGAAUACAGACAUAACGAAUUAUUGUCUGAUUUUAAGUCGUUCUAUUAUGAACCCGUGUUGACAAGUGCUUUAGAAGGAAUUGAGACUGGAGCAUCAGAGAUAUUUACAUGUAAAAAAUUUAGGGAUGUUAAAAAUGAGAUAGAAGGUGCAGCUGCAUUGAAUAUCAUUGACAGAAUUGAGAUUGGUAAUAACGUGACAUUGAAGAUGAAUAGAUUUUGCAAUCCAAAUUCUGAAUUUUCAGUUUCUCUUGAGAAGACGGAGACUGUAUUUUUAUGUGAUUGUCGACUGUUUGAACGUUUAGGAAUUCCGUGCUCUCACAUUAUUUGUGCCAUGAGGCAUGAGCAUAUGAAUAUGUUUCCAAAAAGUUUGAUUUGUAAGAGAUGGACUAAAUCAGCCAAGGAUGAUCACAUUGCGUCGGUGUUUUCUGAAGAAAGUGAUUCUGAAAAGUUGUUCAUGUUUCGUAGAGGCGCAAUGUCUGCUGCAUUCAACACUUUGUGUGAUGUUUCUUGUAAAGAUUCGGGUUCAUAUAAAGAGGCUCUAGAAGGAGUUUACAAAUUAUGUGAAAAUAUAAAGAAGCGUCAUGAAGUAAAUGAUAAACGAAAGUCUAAUCCAUCGGUUAUUGGUGAUCCUGUAGAGGCUAAAACAAAAGGUGCCCCUCAUAAGAAAAAAAAAUUGUGGAAGACAAAAGGUGCUAUUCGUAAAGAAAAAAAGUCAUGGAAGUCAAGACAGUGUUCUCAUUGUAAACUACCAGAUCACACAAAACGGAAGUGCCCGGUACUAGCUGCACGUGAUGAUUUACAUCAGGUUGACGAUAAGGUUUCAUCCGACCAAUCUAUUGAUGAAUCAAUGAAUUUUAAUGUGUCCAUAGGUCAUAGUAUCAAUGACGACAUAGACUCCCUAAAAGUCUCAAAUAAAAACAAGGGUGUAGAUAACGCUCGUGGUAGUAAACAAAAGGGAAAAGGUGUCAAUGUUGCUUUUUCAACACAAGACUCUAUCAAUAAAAUAACUUCUAAACAAGUUGAAAAAGAGAAAUCUAGUGGACCAAAGGUAAACAUGGCGGAUACAAAUGGACAAACUCGUCCAACUAAUGUUAUGGGACAUGACUCUCCUAUCAAAAUGGAAAGUUUUAAUGCAACGUGGCACAAUGGUGUGGGAUAUGGUACUCAUUAUAAUGGGGUUUCGAAUCAAAGUGUAUCAAUCUUUCCCCAAUUUGUUCCAAAUCAAGGUGCAUUGGUUCGCCCUCAAUUUAUUCCAAAUCAAAGUUCAUUGAUUUUCCCCCAAUUCGUUCCAAAUCAAAGGGCAUCAAUUUUCCCUCAAUUUCCAUUAGUAGACAACUUCACAUCACAUUCAAAUUCUCUUUUAUAUAACAGAUCACAUAAUAUUCCACAUAGUACGCAUUUUAUGGGCACAUUGAAGGAGAUGGAACAUUCUGCAAAGUUCACUAGAAACAAAGGUGAAAAUGAAGAUUCCAAACCCACAAAUCGCAAUCGGUGAGACAGUUUGGUUACAUCGUUUUGACCACUUCUGCUGGCAUCAUGGAUCACGAAGAGGCUAGGAGGAAGAAUGUUGGUGGCAAGGUCCUUGGCUUCUUCUACUGAGUGUUUUUGUGAUUUCAACCGGAUGUAAUGGAGGAUCCUAUUUCAAUAGUAAUUGCAGGAGCUGUUUUUGUGAUGUGAUUUAUUUUAUUUUGGGAAACGUAGUUGGUCAGUAUAAUUUAUCUGAUUUCUUCUAUAUAUUUUUGAAUUUACCGAAAUGUAUUGGCAUACUUGUUUUGAUUGGCAAAGACAUUUAUUAAAAGUUUUGAGCAUUAGAGUUGUUUGAA